GAAUACAGUAACAAUAACAAAUAGUAGUAAACAAUUUUUUAGGUUAAAAGUUUCACAUUUUCGUAAUUCGCAAUAUUUAUGAUGAAUUAAAAUACUUAAAAUAUAUAAAUUAUCAUACGCAAAGUACCAGGGAGUUUAUUAUUUAUCAGAAUGCCAGUACCUUGUGCUACUGGAUGUGGGAGAAAUGCGUCCCUAAAGCGUCCCAAAACAGGUGAUGCGUUAUGCAAAGAAUGUUUUUUCUGGGCGUUCGAAACCGAGAUUCACUUUACUAUCACAAGAGGUGAACUAUUUAACCGCGGUGACUCCGUGGCGGUGGCCGCGUCCGGCGGCAAAGACUCCACGGUGCUGGCACAUGUCCUUAAAACUUUGAACGAGAGAUACAACUAUGGCUUAAAUCUCAUUCUUUUGUCUAUUGAUGAAGGUAUCACUGGUUAUCGUGAUGACAGUCUUGAAACAGUUAUGCAGAACAGUGCGGACUAUGUGAUGCCACUCAAAAUUUUAUCAUACAAAGAUUUGUAUGGAUGGACUAUGGAUGAAAUUGUUGCUCAAAUUGGAAGGAAGAACAACUGCACCUUCUGUGGUGUGUUUCGGAGGCAGGCGUUAGAUAGAGGCGCUGCUUUACUGAAUGUUAAAUGUAUAGCAACUGGCCAUAAUGCUGAUGAUAUUGCCGAGACUGUGCUAAUGAAUGUAUUGAGAGGAGAUAUUGCAAGAUUGAAGAGAUGCACUGCUAUAUCAACUGGAAGUGAAGGCACCAUACCUAGAGUGAAACCAUUGAAGUAUUCCUAUGAGAAAGAAAUAGUAAUGUACGCUCAUUACAAGAAGCUUGUCUACUUUUCCACUGAAUGUGUAUUUGCUCCAAAUGCAUACAGGGGUCAUGCACGAGCUCUGCUUAAAGAUUUGGAGAAAAUUAGACCUACUUGCAUUAUGGAUAUUAUAUACUCAGGUGAAACAAUGUCUGUCAAAGAAGAAGUGACACUGCCAACACAAAGGACAUGCUCCAGGUGUAACUUUGUAUCUUCACAAGAAGUAUGCAAAGCUUGUGUACUCUUAGAAGGUUUGAAUAAAGGCCUCCCAAAACUCGGUAUUGGCAAAAGUUCCAAAGCCAAGAGAAUGCUAGAAGAAUAUAAUGCUAAACAGAAUGACAGUUUACAAGAAGCUAUAAGCGAAAUAAAUGACGAGUUCAAGAAAAACAAUUGCAUAUCUAAAGGCAAAGUAUGCAAGUCGAAUUGUAAAAGUAAGGAAAAUAAACACAGUACAACAGAUUUAAAUACAGUAGAUGCAAACACAAACAGCUGUGAACAAGUACAUAGCAAUGAAGUGACAGAUGACAAUAAAGAAACAAAAUGUUGCAACAAAAAACAGUAUUGUACUAAUAAAAAAACAAAUGAAACAAAUGAAUCAAAUUCAAAAGCUGAAAAGCUUUUAGCUGAAUACGGAAUACCGGAAUCUAGUGAUAAACCUAAUUCAAUUGAAGAAACAAAUUCAUCACAAGACAAAGUGUGUGAGAUUGAUGUUAGUAAUUCAGUUGAUAAUGAAGAAUUUGAUGUAGAUCUUCACACAAAUGAUGAAGUUAUAUUAAAAGAGGAAGAUAACACAUGCGCUGGGGCAUGUGGAAAAGUAGAUUCCUUGCACAUAGGUUUUUGACAGUGAAUAUUUUAAAUAUCACAUAUGAAUCUUUUAUUUUUAAUUAAAUAACAGAUUAAAUUAUUGUAAUUAUUCUAGUAAAUAUGUUUAUAAAUUAGAA